UGACCGUCCCUUCUCCGAGGACCCCCCUCAGCGCCCAGCACACCCCGCAGCUCCCCUGAAUGACGGGCGGACGCUUUGAUUUCGACGAUGGCGGCACUUAUUGCGGUGGCUGGGAGGAUGGCAAAGCUCACGGGCACGGCAUUUGUACGGGCCCCAAGGGGCAAGGGGAGUACUCGGGCUCCUGGUCCCACGGCUUCGAGGUAGUCGGGGUUUACACCUGGCCCAGCGGCAAUACCUAUCUGGGCUACUGGGCGCAGGGCAAGAGGCAUGGGCUGGGCGUGGAGACCAAGGGCAGGUGGACGUACCGUGGCGAGUGGUCCCAUGGUUUCAAGGGACGAUACGGGGUCCGGCAGAGCCUAUGCACCCCGGCCAGGUACGAGGGGACGUGGAGCAACGGGCUGCAGGACGGGUACGGCAUCGAAACCUAUGGAGAUGGAGGUACCUACCAAGGUCAAUGGAUGGGAGGCAUGAGACACGGAUAUGGUGUACGGCAAAGUGUACCCUAUGGCAUGGCUACAGUGAUCCGUUCACCUCUUCGAACCUCUCUGUCUUCACUACGCAGUGAACAGAGCAAUGGCACAGUGCUCCAUGACAUUGGAGCUGACAGCCCUGCAGGAACUCGCGGAGGAUUUGUGUUGAAUUUUCACAGUGACUCCGAGCUCAUGACCAGUAAGAAAAAAGGUUUGUUCAGAAGAGGAUCGCUGUUGGGUAGCAUAAAGCUACGAAAGUCCGAGUCCAAGAUCUCAAUAUCUAGCAAACGUAGCUCUGUGAGAAGCGAUGCGACUAUGAGUAGAAUAAGCUCCAGCGAUGCAAAUUCAACGAUUAGCUUUGGAGAUGUAGACUCUGAUUAUUGUCCUGUAGAAGAUCACGUAGAUGCCACAACCACAGAAACCUACAUGGGGGAAUGGAAGAAUGACAAACGCACUGGAUUUGGAGUAAGUGAGCGUUCAAAUGGAAUGAAGUAUGAGGGCGAAUGGCUGAACAACAGGAGGCAUGGAUAUGGAUGUACCAUAUUCCCAGAAGGCACGAAAGAAGAGGGGAAGUAUAAAAACAAUGUUUUAGUGCGAGGAAUAAGAAAACAGCUUAUCCCGAUAAAGAACACAAAAACAAAAGAAAAAGUAGACCGGGCCAUUGAAGGCGCUCAAAGAGCAGCGGCUGUAGCAAGGACAAAAGUUGAGAUAGCAGCCUCCAGGACAGCACAUGCACGUGCAAAAGGUGAUGCAGCUGACCAAGCAAGUCAAGCAGCACGGCAAGAAUCGGAUAUUGCAAGAGCAGUAGCAAGAGAGCUGUCCCCAAACUUCCACCAGCCAGGACCGGAUUAUAUCAGGCAAAAGUUUCAAGAAGUUGUAGAGGUUAAAGAGAAUGUUGAGGAAAAGUUGCCUAGGAAAUCUCCAUCUCCAAAAGAGUCUCCACAUUUUUACAGGAAAGGAACAACUCCUCCAAGAACACCAGAAGAAAAAUUGAAAGAACCGUUGCAGCCUCCUCGUCAGCAUGAUUUAAAGAGAACAUAUUCUAACUCUGUUGUGGUACCACCUGCCAAUCUUGAAAGAAAAUGCACAUCGAUUGAAAAUCUACCUAUUUCUUCCAUUAAACCUGUACCUUCUAAAGCUUCUGUGAAAGAGGUCAUUUCUAAACCAUCACCAAAGGCUUCCUUUGGCCACAAUCCAAGCAGCACAGGGAAUGGAGAACUACAUGACGACUUUCACAACUACUAUGUGGACGCACCAAUGCCUUCAAUUGUUAAAGAAGACUCGUACCUCAAAAAAUCAACAGUUUCAAAUGUGCUGCCACCCCAGAAGCAAAGUCCCAAGAAGCCACUGACAAAGCCAGAAGCCAAAGAAAGCCCACCUGAUCCAAAAGUUAAGAAGUUGGAGCAAGUGGCACCAAAGAAUGAAGCCAAUACAAAUUCUGCUUCUCGAGCUGUAAAUGAAAUAAACUCCAGACCCAAUUCAAUCAUGAUUGCCUUGGUGAUGCUUUUAAAUGUUGGGCUAGCUAUACUUUUUGUCCAUUUUCUUACCUGAUUGCUGCUGGUACAGUAACGUUCGGAUCACCGGAGAUGUUGGCGCACAAUUCCUGUUGUUUGUGUCAUAAGCUGUUUUUAUGGCACUUGUCAUAUACAGAGACAGGAAUGAGAAAGCUUGGGUUUCAGCUUGACAAGAGAGAUAGUUGAAACUUUAAAACAAAAAAUGUACAUGUCUAAGCCUGUGGGCGUCUCUGAUCUCUGGGUAGUGAUUCUUGGGCGCCACAGAACGAGGAGAUCAGAUGCCAUGUUUGAAGACACAAAUCUGCUGAAACAGCCUAGUCAGUGAAGAUGGCCGCUGUACCUGUCCCAGCAGAGUGUGAUUGAACUGGAAAUGUACAGAGCAGCACUUUCUGUUGACGGAAGCUAACAGCUGCCUUACUAUUUUACUGUCCUGACGUUUAUAGAGUGGAGAUAGAAGAGUCAGUGCCAGCAGAAUGUGCUCAGAGGAUUCAGUUGCUGUGGAUGCAGUUCCAAAGUUUGCUUCUAUCUCCGAAGAAAUAGUUAGCAGCAUCACUCACCAGUCUUAUUCCAUUACCGGCUGCUUUUAACAUCUCCUGCAGGGUUUUGGAAGAUAGUGUUUAAUUUGCUUGUGCUUGAAGGCUAAUUUCUCUGUUCUAGUAGACCUUUAUGGAUAGCCAUAAUUGUUCUACCUUAUUACAGGGUUAACA